AUGGAGACCGUGGCUGCUAGCACAUCGCUUCCCGACCCAGCCGGCGAGUUCGACAAGAAUGUGCCCCGUAUCUGCGGCGUCUGUGGGGACAGAGCCACUGGCUUCCACUUCAACGCCAUGACCUGCGAAGGCUGCAAGGGCUUCUUCAGGUGGGGGGGGGUCUUGAAUGGCCUCAAGCUGGUCCUCAGCAGGGCAGAAACGGCUCUGAAAGCUGCCGGGGUCUCCGACUGCAGGUUUUUUGUGGUCAUCCUGACGGACGAGGAGGUUCAGAGGAAGCGCGAGAUGAUCCUGAAGCGCAAGGAGGAGGAAGCGCUCAAGGAGAGCCUGAAACCCAAACUCUCGGAGGAGCAGCAGAAAGUCAUCGACAUCCUCCUCGAGGCUCAUCACAAAACCUACGACCCCACGUACGCCGACUUCACCAAGUUCCGGCCAGGGAACGGCGGCUCUCCCGGCCCCGUCCCUCACGUCCCGCUGGCUGAACGCAACGCCAAGCCCCCCCUGGCAGGGCGGCUGCCGUUCCUGCCGCGGGCCGGCGGCGUUCCCCUCGUCCCUAACGUCUCGCCUACAAUCGAGGAGAACGACGAGAGCUCCUCCAUGAAUAUCGACUUCUCCCACCUCUCCAUGCUCCCGCACUUGGCCGACCUGGUCAGCUACAGCAUACAGAAGGUGAUCGGCUUUGCCAAAAUGAUCCCGGGGUUCAGGAACCUGGCGGCAGAGGACCAGAUCGCCCUGCUGAAAUCCAGCGCCAUUGAGGUGAUCAUGCUGCGCUCGAACCAGUCCUUCACCCUCGAGGACAUGACGUGGACCUGCGGCAGCAACGACUUCAAGUACGGGAUCAGCGAUGUCACCCAAGCUGGCCACAGCAUGGACCUGCUCGAGCCGCUCGUGAAAUUCCAGGUUGGUUUGAAGAAGCUGAACCUUCACGAAGAAGAGCACGUGCUCCUCAUGGCCAUCUGCAUCCUCUCCCCAGAUCGCCCGGGCGUGCAGGACACCUCGCUGGUGGAAUCCCUCCAGGAUCGCCUCUCGGAGAUCCUCCAGACCUACAUCCGCUGCAGGCACCCUCCUCCCGGCAGCCGCCUGCUCUACGCCAAGAUGAUCCAGAAGCUGGCCGACCUCCGGAGCCUGAACGAGGAGCACUCCAAGCAGUACCGCGGCCUCUCCUUCCAGCCCGAGCACAGCAUGCAGCUCACGCCGCUGGUGCUGGAGGUCUUCGGCAACGAGAUAUCCUGA